CUCCUCAUCCGAACCUACUUUGGACCAUCCGAACCUAGUUAAAGGUGUGAGGCAACACCCCUAGGGCUAUGCAUUGGGCAUGCCCUAAGGAGUCGUACAACUACCAUCUUCUAAACAAUCCACUAGAUUUGAUACAUGAAUGAUGGAUUGAACACUCCACACACUCCACAUCAGUACCAGAGCCAACUCUAUAUCGGAGCGGAAAGGUCUCAGGAUCGUCUCUAGAAAACUUUUUCGGUAGUUUUUUUUUCUUUAUAAGAGGAUAGGAGACCGAAAUUGUUUAACCUGAAGUUUACCUAGGUAGACAAUUGUCAUCAAUACGCAAUGUGUUUUUUGUGGGCAAGAUGUAUACUUAGCAUUUACGAAAAAAAAAGAAAUUAAUACAGUAGUUAGAAGAUGCAAAAUUCGGAACUUUGGAGCACGUAGAACGUGGGAGCGGGAACUACACGUGGAGCCCACGCAGCCCAGGAAAUCGUCAGCUUCCUUCUCCCGUGUUCCCCAAUUCCACCGGAGGCGCGCCGCUUAACACCGGCGCCCACCGACGGCGAUGGCCACGGCGAGCCCCCCACUGCUACGCCGCCUCGCGCUAUUACUUAACAGCCGCAUCCGCGCCAACCACCUUCUCGCCGCCUCCUACUCCGCGUCCUCCCACCAAACUGCCGCCGCCGCCACCACCGAGACGCCGACGCCGGCGGAGCCAGAGGCUGUCAGCAUGACGGAUAGCUGCGUCCGUAGGCUGAAAGAAUUGCACACUAAUGAACCAUCUGCUGAGGGUAACAUGUUGCGCUUGAGCGUUGAAGCUGGCGGGUGCUCUGGAUUCCAAUACACCUUCGUACUUGAUAGCAAGAAAAAUGCAGAUGACAGAGUCUUCGAGAAGAAUGGCGUUAAGUUGGUUGUCGACAAUGUCUCAUACGACUUCGUGAAAGGUUCCACUGUGGAUUACGUAGAGGAAUUAAUACGCUCGGCUUUCGUGGUGUCAACCAAUCCGAGUGCGGUUGGAGGGUGCAGCUGCAAGAGUUCCUUCAUGGUUAAAUAAUUUCAGCACUAGUAACUUGAAGAGAGGUAGCAUGUGAGAGCUCUAUGUUGCAGACUAUAAUUAUAUUUGUUCAGUUGUCUACAAUACUUUGAUAGAUCCAAAUAAGUCCCUGCUAUUUCUUCUGUAUUUGUCGAAUCAUGUGUAUCAUACUGAUUUACUAGAAUAUAUUAGUUACGUGGGGCAUCCUCAUCAUAGGCAUGGGCUGAGCCACCAGAUUCUUA